UGACGGAGAUGUCCUGUGACAAAAGGAGGCCAAAAAGUCGGAAGAGUGCUACUCAGUGGUGAAAUGGAGAAGUGAAGCAGAAAGGAGAGCUGUAGGGAAUAUUUUUUUGAGGAACCCAUUCUGGUGUCAGAAACUAAAAGAGAAAAUGAGCUUUUCAGUGCAACAGAAACGUGAGCAGCGACUGAGACGCGUCAGAAAGAGGCAGAAGUUAACAGAGCCUCGGGUCUGCAUUGCCCUCUGAACAAGGUGCGAACGAAGAAAGAAAGAACUGAGCAGCAUCCGGGUCGAAGCUAAUAGAGAAAACCACAGGGCUUUAAAUAGACGUCGAAAAGAGAAGUGCGAAGUGGACUUCACACUCAAACAGAGGGAGGAAGAGAGACACGAGUACGAGUUUACAUCCAUUUCCAGAGAGGCGGCGAGUGGCAAACCGGAGCCGCUGGGGGACUCUGGGCUGGAAUAACUGGGGGAUUCACUCGCGGCGACGCUUUCAGAAGGCACAACGAGAAAGUAAGACAGGACGAGAGAGUUUGGGGGUGAAGAAACCGAGGAAGAGGAGGAUCACUAAGAGGAAAAGAGGGGGGCUCAUGGGAAACCUCCUGAAAGUGCUGGCUUGCGCCGAACUUGAGCAUGGGCCAAUAGUUUUCCUUGACUUUGAACAUGCCCAGCCCACCGAGGCGGAGACGGCCGUGUGGAACCAAGUCAGCGCCGUGCUGGAGGAGGCUCACGGGAUCCUGGCCGAGCUGCAGUCCUACAACGGCGCGGGGCAGGAGAUACGAGAGGCCAUCCAGAACCCGGGCGACCUCGCUCUGCAGGAGAAGGCCUGGAACGCCGUCUGCCCCCUGGUGGCCAAGCUGAAGAGGUUCUACGAGUUCUCCCUCCGAUUGGAGAACGCCCUGCGCAGCCUGCUGGAGGCGCUGACGAGCCCGCCCUACGCUCCCAUGCAGCACCUGGAGCGCGAGCAGGCGCUGGCCAAGCAGUUUGCAGAGAUCCUUCAUUUCACGCUCAGCUUCGACGAACUAAAGAUGACAAACCCAGCCAUUCAGAACGACUUCAGCUACUACAGGAGGACUAUAAGCAGGAACAGGUUGAAUAACCAGCAGCUGGACGCAGAGAACGAGGUAAACAACGAGAUGGCCAAUCGGAUGUCUCUGUUCUACGCCGAGGCGACACCGAUGCUGAAGACCUUGAGUAACGCCACCACCAAGUUCGUUUCAGAGAACAAGACCCUGCCGAUAGAGGACACCACAGACUGCCUGAGCACCAUGGCGUGCGUGUGUCGUGUCAUGCUGGAGACUCCGGAGUACCGCUGCCGGUUCACCAACACAGACACCAUGCUGUUCUGCAUGAGGGUGAUGGUGGGCGUCAUCAUCCUCUACGACCACGUCCAUCCCGUCGGAGCCUUCGCCAAGACCUCCAAAAUUGACAUGAAGGGCUGCAUCAAGGUGCUGAAAGAGCAGCCGUCCAACAGCGUGGAGGGGCUUCUGAACGCACUGCGGUAUACGACACGACAUCUAAACGAUGACAGCACCUCCAAACAAAUCAGAGCCCUGCUGCAAUGAAGGAACGCCAGAGGAGAGGGAGGAACGUCGGAGCGCACCUGAAGACGGAGGGAGGAGGGGAAACAGAUGCCAGAGGCUGAAAAAGCUGUUUGUUUACAACGGACGGAGAGAGGCAUCUCUGGGUCUGGAGCAACCUGAAGAGAAGAAGAGGAAUUUAAUUAUAUAUAUUAUCAGCCGUCCAUCAUUCUGUCUCUCAUUUUGUAAAGUAAGAAAAGAGAACAAAAGAAGAAGAAGAAGAAACCAGAAAUGAAGAUUAUAGAUAUUUAUUAAAAGAAGUGAAACAGUAAGCAGGAUUACAGAAGAAGCUCUAUUGGGGGGGUUGGGAGGGGGGGGGGGGGGUAAAAUUUAAAGUCAGAACCGAAAUGUGAGAAUAGCUAGAAUAACGUGUUCCUGCUGUUAGUCAGACAAGUUUUGCACACUCCCCUUUUGAGAAAACAGCAUCCGUCUUCUUACUGGUUCCUGGAAGCCUCCCCCCUGUCGCCGCGGCAACCGUGGCUCGGCCCCUCGGUUAUCCCUCAGCUGCACUGAUCCCCACGCUCAGGCGAAACGAAGCAAUGUGAUGGAUCCACUCCGGAGAUUUGCUUCUUGCCUCUCUGCCCCUUCUGUCCCCCCAUCACCACAUCAGUACAGCUGUGGGCUACAGGAUGAAAGGACCUACAUUUUUCGUUUCCCUUUUCGUUUCCCCCUUCCUGAAUUGCUUGCCAUCCAUCCAUCCAUCCAUCCAUCCAUCCGAUUUGCAGUUCUCCUUUUGGCAUGACAUCCACCCUUGUAACGUUCCAGCACACAGAAAAACCCAAACCCUUAUUAGGCUGUCUUCUCUCCAUGGUGCUAAUGUUGCUAAAGCUAUCUCAGCAAUGAAGCAAAACAAACAUGCUUCAUUAUGGAAUCACAUCCAGGUUUUUCUACUGGAAAACAAACAAACAAACAAAC